UUGGAAGUAUCCGAUUAGUUUAAUGGUGGUAGAGCUCAUAGCGUUCGCUCGACUGUUCCUUGUGUAGCACCCGGCCAGCUGUGGCCCUUGGUAUGUUGCACUAUGCACAAAGCGCUGUAUUGACUUGGCUCUCAUCUUCUGUUGCGAUGGUGAUGACGGCGAGGAGACGAUGGAUAUGAUCAUCAGCAUCAGUCGUUGCAAGCGAGUGAUGAAGUUGCGAAUGAAUAUGUCUUGGGUAACCAAAAGGCUGAGCUCCGGAUGCUGCUACGCUGGAAGGAGUAUGAAGGACGACGACGAGAGCGCCAGGACGUGGAAGAUUUUUAGCUUGAAGGAGCUGCAAUUCGCCACGAACAACUUCAGCUAUGAGAAUAAGCUCGGCGAGGGGGGCUUUGGGAGCGUCUUCUACGGCCAGCUUGGCGACAAAUCUGAGAUCGCCGUCAAGAGGCUCAAAGUGAUGAACACCACCAACGAGAUGUCAUUCGCAGUGGAAGUUGAGACGUUGGGACGGCUGCAUCACAAAAACCUGCUAAAGCUGCGUGGCUACUGCGCUGAGGGCGAGGAGAGAUUGAUCGUCUACGACUAUAUGCCAAACCUGAGCCUUCUGUCGCACCUCCACGGUCACUUCUCGUCGGACAAGCUCCUCGACUGGAGGAAGCGAGUGGAAAUCGCCAUCGGUUCUGCAGAAGGAUUAGCGUACUUGCAUCACACUGCCAAUCCACAUAUCAUACACCGAGAUGUGAAAGCCAGCAACAUACUCAUCGACUCGAACUUCCAAGCUCAGGUUGCCGACUUCGGCUUCGCCAAGUUCAUCCCUGACGGCGUCACUCAUCUCACCACCCGCGUCAAAGGCACGCUGGGAUAUCUAGCACCUGAGUACGCAAUGUGGGGGAAAGUCUCGGAGAGCUGCGACGUCUACAGCUUUGGAAUCCUGCUGCUGGAGCUGGUGACGGGUAGAAAGCCGAUCGAGAAGAUUGGUCCCGGCAAGAAGCGGAGCAUCAUCCAGUGGGCCGCACCGCUGGUGAUGGAGCGAAGAUUCGACGAGCUCGCGGAUCCCAAGCUGGAGGGGAAGUAUGACGGAGAAGAGCUGACGAGGAUGAUCCAGGUUGCCGCCUUGUGCGCACAGAACUUGCCAGAGCACCGGCCAACGAUGCAUGAGGUGGUAGCAAUGCUUAAGUCGAGGUCGAUUCCGGAAGAAGGAACCAUCGAAGGCGAUCUCCGGAAGCUGAGAAUGGAGGAGAACGAGAACAAGCAGCAGCUGGUCAAGGAAGUCGAGUCUGAUUCCGAAGAAAAAGGUCCUCGUAGGCGAAGGAAGUAAGCCGGAACGUCAUUGGUCGCUAGUGGU